AUGGACGGAGAUUCUAUUCCGCCACUUGCCUCAAAGUCGCAACUGCGGGCAUACUAUUCACUCCUAGUCACAGGCAGUGCACUACAUCUAUUCCUAUUCAUUUUCACGCUAUCAUCCCGCAAUGUCAAGAAACACGCCGUCGUACUGAAUUUCUACUUUGUUUUCUGCGUCACACUAUGGAUGGACGCGGUGCUUCUAUGGACGGGGCAUAUCUACGACCCCGAUCCGCCGACAGGACUAGAAAUAACAAAUGCCGUAUCAAGACUACCAGGAAUGGUGAUGAAUGCCAGUACGACUUUAAUGGUAGUAAUGAAAUUCUGGGUGUCAACAAAUAUAGCCUUAUCUACGCGAGUAUCACAUUACUUCUACUGGGCUGAUUCGAGGGUGUUAGUAAUGAUACCAUACUUACUUGGCAUUCCAUUCGUGAUUGCGUUUCUAGUAGAGACAAUCACCCAUUCAUCCAUCUUGAUACGCACACCACUGUAUGCUAGCAUACGACCGCCGAAUAAACUUCUUUAUGCUUCCGUAAGCGUAUCACUCGUUCUCAUGGUUCUCGUCCUCGUUGUAGCGGUAUGGCUUACGUUUCUGCUGUGUCGGAUGCGCGCUGCUCAGCGCGGUCUACUCCAGACGAGCUGGACUGUAAACAUUCAACUUGCUGCGCGUCUCUUGCUCUUUCUUUUCUACUCUUUUAUAUCUAUUGCGCUUCACAUCAAAACUUUAGCGCCGGGAACGCACAACGAGGCGAGAAAUGAAGAGCUCUUUGGCAGUAUCGGAAUCAUUGCUUUCGCACUCUUCUUCAUCCAGGCCGAUAUACUUGAGGCGCUAGGAAUGGGCCUCAGGCUUAGGAGAAGCUCCCUGCCCCACAUCUCGCAGAUCAAGACUGAAGAAUUAAGUCAGUUGCAUUUGCCCAGGAAGCCCGAAAUGUGUGCCAAGGGGAGUAGUGAUAAGGAUUAUAGCCUUAUUGAGUCGCAGUCGUAUUCACAAUCGCAUUCACAAUCACAAUCACAAUCACAAUCACAAUCGCAUCGCAAUCUUUCCCUCCCCAGCAAUCAAUCGCAGCAUAUCGCAUAG